GACUCUAGGAUUAUAACUCUCUGUCGAAGAUAAGUGAAGGUGGGCGGCGUCUUUCCAACAUGCCCGCAAAAACCAGCUGUGGGGAGGAGGCAGGCGCGAUCGGAAUGCAGCUCUUCCAUGGCACCCGAGCAGGCGGAUUCACACGGAGGCAACUGCAUGUACGUGUGUGUGGGGAAUAAAUACCAGAACAGGAGCAGAGGCCGAUACUGAUAGCCGGCCACUCGGCCCGUCGCCCCCGUGGUGUCAUUCCUCAGCAGAGGUUGCUCCCUCCUGCGUCAGCGCCGGCCGCCAUUUUGUGAUCGGGCGGGUACGGCGAUGAGAGACAAAAUGGCGGCCGGCGGGCCGGGAGGCCCAGGCUUCAGAGCCAACCUCGGGGGGCCCGGACUCUCUUCAACCAAGCUUUGGUCGUGACUAGUGGACGAUGGUAUCACAACUCUCCACCGUCAAAGACCCAGAUAUAUGGAUCCUGCAUGAUAGAAGUUUCAGCCUUUGGGAUGUCCUCUGACCAGUACACGUGAAGUAAUCAUGACUGCAUAUCCAAGCAAUAUACUUAAGUGAGAAAAGCGCGGACCUGGAAUACGUUAUCUCAAGGAUCUCCUUCUGACCUUAAUGGAUUUUCAACAAAGACGCAGCGUGUAAAACUACCAGUCAAUGGACAUUGUAGUGGGCAGUUAUACUUGCUGAAAUAUUUAAUCUCUCUUUCUGGUUGAGUGCCACUGAAAGUUGUGUUUGCAGAGACUUGAAAUGAGAGACAGUAACUGUGAAAAUAAAUACAAGGUGCUGGGAUUACUCAGAAGAUCUGUCAGCAUGUGAAAAGGAGAAGUUGAAUUCAUGAUUCGAGUGGAGACACUGUCAAAUCUUGUAGUUGGAAGAGUCAUUGCGGAAAACUGCCUGUUGGUAAAACACUUGUUGCUGAAAUCUGGAUGACAUUGGCCGCAUUUGUAUGACCAUGGCAGAAGAGGGCGAGGACAAACAAAAAAGUCAGAAAAAAGUCAGCCAAAUCUAUCAGAGCUCAGCACAUUCCCAGUCUCUGCUGGAUGGACUAGUUGCACUUCGGAACAGCGCAAGCUUAUUUGAUGUCACCCUAAUUGUAGAGGGGAAGUCGAUUGAAGCUCACCGCAUACUUCUGGCAGCAUCAUGUGACUAUUUUAGGGGAAUGUUUGCUGGUGGGCUACGGGAGAUGCAGGAGAAGGAAAUAUUUUUACAUGACAUAACCUAUAUGGCUAUGUGCAAAAUCUUGGACUUCAUCUACACUUCUGAGAUGGAACUGAACCUGAAUAAUGUACAGGACGUGCUGGUGGCUGCUUGUCAGCUGCAGAUUCCUGAAGUAAUCGAUUUCUGCUGUGACUUCCUUGUGUCUUGGAUUGACGAUGAUAACAUUAUUGAGCUGUACAAGCUGGCUGAGCAUUAUAAUUUGACCCAACUGAGCAACAAGAUUGACUUAUACAUCCUCCAAAACUUUCUGACCAUCAGCAAGACUGCGACCUAUCGCCGGCUGCCCCUAGCCAAGGUGCAGAGCCUGCUGAGCAGUGAUAAGUUGCAUGCCAGCUCUGAGAAUGAGGUCUAUGAGGCUGCUUUACUUUACCACUAUAGCCAGGAGGAGAUUGACAAGGACCAGGUCUCUUUGCAUGACCCACCAAAGCUCCUGGAGAUGGUCCGCUUUGCACUGAUUGAACAGCACACCUUCCAGAAACUAUACAAUCGGCUGAGUCCCUGUCCUCUCAAGGAGGUCUUGGCAGAUGCCCUGGCCUACCACCAGAAUGAAAUCCUGCAGCCUGCACUGCAGACCCCUCAGACACAACUGAGGUCAGAGUUCCGUUGUGUGGUAGGAUUUGGAGGAAUGUACUCUUCCCAGGACGAAGACUUGAGUGACGAGGUCAAGUUUCUGAACCCGUUGACCCAGGAAUGGCGAACCCUGACUCAGGCACAAAUGCCAAAGAUGUCAAACCAGGGAAUUGCUGUUUUAAAUAACUUUGCUUACCUGGUGGGUGGAGACAACAAUACUUCCGGGUACAGAGCAGAGGUGAGCUGCUGGAGGUACGACCCACGCCAUAACAGGUGGACUCGAAUCCAGUCGCUGCAGCAGCCGCAUGCUGACCACUGUGUGUGUGUGGUGGGCGAGUAUCUGUACGCUGUAGGUGGCCGAGACUAUCAACAUGAGUUAAACGUGGUGGAACGUUAUGACCCCCGGUUAAAUACUUGGGAAUAUGUGGCACCGCUGGACAAAGAGGUUUAUGCUCAUGCAGGAGCAGUGCAUGCCGGGAAGAUAUACAUAGCCUGUGGAAGAAGUGGCAGAAGCUACUUGAAGGAGCUGCACUGCUACGAUCCAGAGGCAAACCAGUGGGAAAUGAAGGCCCGUGCCCCUGUGGAACGGGCUUGGCACGGAAUGGCUGCAGUCCAAGGCCAGCUUUACCUACUCGGUGGCAGCAACAAUGCCAAUGGGUAUAGGCAGGAUGUCGUGCAGGUUUCCUGUUACAGCCCUGAGCGAGACCAGUGGUCAACGGUUUCCGAAAUGCCCUUUGGUCAUGGAGAGCCAGGCAUUGCUGUCUUGGAUGACAGGAUCUACAUCCUGGGCGGGAGGUCACACGACCGUUACACACGCACUGACUACGUCCACAUAUAUAACGUGGUGGAGCACUGCUGGGAGCAAGCUCCGGAUAUUGAGUGUGCCAAUUCUGGCAUGUCCUGCUGUGUCCUGACCCUCCCGAGACAACUGGUGGAGGACUGGGGGAGCCCGACUCCUCGGAAACAUUCAGAGCGUGCCUGCCGCCGUGCCUACGUGCUUCCCGAAAUGGUCGGCCUGUCUGACUUUGAGGAAUUCAGUUCCAGUGAAGACUGAACGUUUGGUUAAACAGGCCGUACUGUUCAGCCUUUCUGUUCUUAAUGUGGCACAACCUAUGGAUUACUACUUUGUUUUUUUUCUCUGUGUUCUCAGCCCUGCUUUAUGCAGGGGCAUUGCGGAGGGGCUAGGGGAUUGUGAAGGUAUCACAGGGACAGGCAGUUUCCCCUCACCUUCCCUCAUGUUACCUUAUCUAAGUGGCUGCUCUUGAGCAGACAAAUGUAUGUUGACAAGUGUAGGAUCUUGGAGAGGCCACAGAAUCCUUGACACCACCUUCUAAUCUGUGUUAAAUGUAAAAAUCCAAACCUAGAAUUGCUAUCUCAGUAUAGGAAAUGUAUCAUACCUGGCACUCAAUGAUUUACAUGAGUUUAUACCAAAUCUUACAAAACUGGGGAACGUUAUUUAAUCAGUUUUCUUCCUUCAGUAUUAGGAAGUCCAGCUGUAAGCUGGACAAUAAAUCCCGCAAUAUCUGUCUCUCAUACACAAACUUUUCAUUCCCAUUUAAUAAUACUGCUUUGAUUAGGUCCAGCCUUGUGAACAGACAUUAGACUCUUCUCAAAUAAAAGCAAAGUACUGCAGAUGCUGGAAAUCUGAAGUAAAAAGAGAAAAUACUGGAGAAACACAACAGGUGUGGCAGGAUCUGUGUAGAGUAAAACAGAGUUAAUACUUUGAGUCCAAUAUUACUCUUGUUCCUGUUGUGAAGAAGUGAUAUUGAACUUAAUUUUAACUCUGUUUCAUUCUUCACAGAUGUUACCACACCUGUUGAGCUUCUGCAGUGUUUUCACUUUUAGUUCGAGUCAUCUCCCUGCACUUUCACUUUAAUUAUAUUCAUUCCUUUUUGUUCUUCUUUCCCAGGACUCCAGAGUUACGGAUCCCCACACUUCCCUAGAUUUCUCUUUUCCCUACGCAGCACACUCCAGAAAAGAUCCAAGCUUUCAAUCUUCCCCAGUUCAGAAGCUGGGUGGGUUCAGCUCCCACCCUGAAGACCUUAGCACAUGGUGCUUUAUUCUGAAUAGAGGGGGUGCUGCAUUGACAGCAUUGUGUCAUUCAUUGAGCUUAAACCACCGUUCUGUCUGUUGUCAGGAGAGCUAUUAAUCUGUCCCUGUAAAAAUGGAAUAAAAAGAUCUCCUGGCCCUGUUUUGAAGAGCCCAGAUGUCCCUGGUAUCCAGGUCAAUGUUUGCUCCUUGAACAAUUAUCUGACGUCCUGACAGUUAUCACAUUGCUGCUUUGGCUGCUAGAUAUCUGACAUAACAACAGUAGAAUAGAAUAGAAUCUCUACCGUACAGUGUGGAAACUGUUUGCACUCCAUUGGCUGUGAAGUGUUUCAGAGCAUUCUGUGUUGCAGGUUUUUAAUUGAAUUGGUUGUAUUUUUUCCAUUACCAUUUCACUGUUUCCUUUACACAAGGUCUGUUGUGCCACUACUUUGCUGUUUUUCACGACAAGCUGUCAGUGAUGAGAUUGCUGACUUAUACUCGUCAGUGUUGACAAGGUCCAGUUCCCCUGCCCUGCUCCAAAAAAUAAAACCACAUUCUAACUCACCCUAGGUUGACAAAUGGAGUAUCUCGAGUAACUCCCAUCCUCAUAAUAUAGUAACUACUCCUUUAGCUCCGCAUUCACUUUUCUUGCUCCUGCGAAGUGCCUUGGGAUCUAUGUCCACAUUCAAGGUGCUAUAUAUAUGUAAGUAGCUGAUGUAAACUGGGCCUGAAGUGAUUAUUAUACUAGAAGUCAAUUUGUUGACUUGUUUGAGGGAUUUAAAGCACAUAGUCCAUGCAUGGUUUUCUUCUCAAAUUUGUAUUCUCCAUGAGCGAUCCCACUAGAGAUUGCUUUACCCCAUUUCCGUGCAGACAUGUCAACUCCUUCAUGCUUUUUAAGGGUGGUACAGAUUUGUGGAUCAUCUUCCUAAAACCAGGCCAAACCUGUGAGCUGACUGUUAUGUCAUUUGCCACCUCUAAAGAUUGAUGUAUUUUAUAUCAAGAAUUAUCUGCCCAGAUAAACAUGACGGCAUUUUUGGUAAAAGUCUAAUCUAGAGAUUUGAGUAAAGAACGGUUUAAGUGAGAAAAGAUUGUAAGGAUCUGGGAAGAGUUGGGAGAUGUGUGUGUGUUUGGAUAAUGCAUGUUAUUUGCUUCAAAAGACCUUCUUAAAUGUGUAAAGUUCUGAUUUUAUCAAAGUCUGAUCACCUGGUGAUGCCGUGAAUAUGAGGGUGGAAAGAUUUUAUCGAAUUGAAUCAUGAAGCUAUUGGAGCCUUGAUAUUUAUUUUCCAUUUUACAGUGCUUUGAAAUUACACAUUGGAAACAGUGCUGAUUUUGUUUUUAACCUAUAACCUACACUGCUGUAGUACAUGCAACAA